AUGUCUGGUAUUAUAACCAAAAUAUUCUCAAAAAUCCAUCUACAAAACAUUCAAAUUGCCAAUACAAGCAAAAUUCACAAUAAAGUAACAGCAACCCUUAUACCAGGCGAUGGGGUUAGUCCAGAACUCAUCCAUUCGGUGCAAGAAGUCUUCAAAGCAGCUCAAGUGCCAGUCGAAUGGGAAACACACUUAUUUUCUGAAGUUAAUCACAGCGAAUCUCUGGAAGAAGUAGUCAAGUCGAUUGUGAAAAACCGGGUGGCCCUUAAAGGCAGUUUAAUCAUCCCCGAUCAUUCGGACAAAGGUGAUUUAGAAACUUUUAAUGCAAAGCUACGCAAAAGACUGGAUUUAUAUGCCAAUGUGGUUCAUGCAAAAUCUUUAGGUGGUGUUAAAAGUAGGCAUAAAAAUAUCGAUUUGGUGAUUAUAAGGGAACAAACCGAAGGCGAAUAUUCGGCGAUUGAGCAUGAAGCCGUUAAAGGGGUAGUUGAGUGUCUAAAAAUCGUUACAGCUAAAAAAUCCAGGCGAAUAGCCCAUUUCGCCUUCGACUAUGCUUCGCGAAACCACAGAAAAACGGUGACUUGCAUCCAUAAGGCAAACAUAAUGAAAUUAGGAGAUGGUUUGUUUUUAAGAAGCUGCGAGGCAAUUGCCUCAUUGUAUCCGGAUAUUAAAUUUGAAUCGAUGAUUGUGGACAGUUGCACCAUGCUAAUGGUAUCGAAGCCCCAACUAUUUGACGUUCUUGUAACCCCAAACCUUUAUGGAAACAUCAUAGAUAAUUUAGCCACAGGCUUAGUCGGAGGUGCUGGAAUUGUAUCCGGAUCUACGUAUUCUUCGGAUUGUGUUGUUUUCGAGCCUGGUGCCAAGCAUGCUUUUGAGAGAGCCGCUGGGAAAAAUAUAGCAAACCCGACUGCGAUGCUGUUGUGUGCCAGUAAGUUGCUGAGGCAUGUAAAUUUGCCUGAAUAUGGCGAAAUGGUUAGAAAGGCUGUGGAAAGGACGAUUAAGGAUGGUAAAGUGCUGACUAGAGAUAUGGGAGGGCAAAGUGGUACUAAGGAAUUCACUAAGGCUGUUAUAGACAAUUUAACUUAG